AUGAAUAAUGUCGAGGAACGAAACAGACUUAUUGGAACUCUUGCCGGAAUCGGUAUGAAUGUUAAUAAUGUCAUUGGUGCGGGAAUUUUUACCACUCCAGGAAUGGUAUGGAAGUCCCUGAACUCACCACAGGCAGCAAUGAUAUUAUGGGCCAUUGGCGGUAUUAUCAGUAUGGCGGGUUCACUCACCUAUGCAGAAUUAGGUGCGGCUAUUAACCGCAGUGGAGGCGAAAGUGCCUAUUUGCAAAUAGCUUAUACCAGGCCAAGAAAUUUUAUUAGUUACCUUUUCUCAUUUAUGUUCAUUGUUGCAAUCCGACCUGGAACUAUUAGUGCAGUAUUACAGGCCGUGGCACAGUACUCCUGGUAUUUAAUCAGCGACAAUGCCUCCGAAUUAAACUCCAAGAGAGGUUGGGAAAAUGGUUGGCCAUUUUGGCGAUUAAAGUUGAUUGCUAUUAUUACUUUAGCGAUCAUAACCGGAUAUCAUAUGUAUAGCACUCGUUUGGCUAAUUAUAUUAACCAAACGUUUGCCGGAAUUAAAAUGGUUGUUUUAACAACCAUUGCAAUUGCGGGGCUAGUCAAAUUACCAUCGAUAUUAAGUAAUCAUCCAAACAAUUGGUUAGAUCCAAUUGAAGAAACGAGAGGAUUUAGUGACUUUUCGUUUUCCUUUAUUUUGGUUGGUAAAUAA